AUGGCUUAUAUAACAGAAAGAUACUCUUUACCUAGUGAUAUAAAAGCUUCUGAUUUGGUUGUUAACAUGCUAGACUGCUUACCACCUGAGACAUUACGUCAAAUAUUUCAAUAUUUAAGUUAUAAUGAUAUUCAACAUUUAGAAAAAUUUGAACAAUUAAAAUAUGUAAUAAAUAAUUAUAAAAUUUUUUUACCUAGAAAACCAAUAAAUUUUGAAAUUAAUUGUGAUGAAUCUGGUUUAAGGUACCAGUUUAAUCCUAUGAAUACAUCAAAUAUUUUUCAUAUAACAUCUAAAGAGGAAUUGAUAAAUACUAUUAAAAAUUGUUCAUUAGAAGUAUUUAAAUUGCGCAAAAUAAAUGGACUUAAGAAUAUGAUAAAUUUAGUAAAUGAUGUUUUUCCUGAAAUGAUUAAAUCUCGCCAACAUAAUAUUAUUUCAUUGUCUUUAAUUGAUAUUAAUAUUUCAAGUAAUGAUAUUGAUACAUGGAGACAUUUUUUUUAUUACAUUUUAAAUAAGAAUUGUAAAACAAUAAUAAUUGACAAUGUUAUUUUAUCAAAUCUUUUUGAUCAUCAUAUAUUUAAUGAAUGUAAAAAAAUAACAAAUGUAAAAUGGGUUGUUAAAGAUAGUGAGGUUGAAGAGAAGAUUAAAUGUGGUGAAAUAAUAAUGAAAAAUUUUACAUUUUACGUAAGACAUUCAUCACCAGCUAAAAUGGAAACACUUUAUGCUCAUAUAGAAAUGAUUAAUCCAAAAGAUAUAGUUUUAUUUAUUGAAACAUGGUUAAGUAUUUCUUGUCCAGCACCAUUUAAUAUUGUUAUUGAAAAUUGUGAUGACACAUGGAUAGAAGAAUUUUCAAAUGAAUGUAUUAAAAGUAAUUUAAUAAAUUAUAAUAAACAAAUAAGUUCAAACAAGUCAUAUUUUUCUCAUGUUAAAAUGAGUUAUAAUGAUAAUAACGGUAUUACAAAAGUAACAUUUAAUAGCAUUAUUGACAUGCCAGCCAGACAUAUUAAUCAAAGAAUGAGUCACGGGAGAUUUUAUAGAGAUUUUUAA